AUGUCCGCCCCAGUCCACGACCCCACCAUCGCCAUCACCUCCGUCCCCCGCUUCUCCCCCGUCGCCCUCCGCUCCAACAUCUCCACCCUCCAAUACGCCCGCUCCUCCCUCGCCUUCCUCUCCGGCGCCGCAGCAGGCAUCCUCGGUCUGCAGGGCUGGCUGCACGGCUUUCUCUUCUACGCCGCCUGCUCGCUGAUCAUGUCGAUCUCGCUGUGGGUGAAAUCGGGGUUCGCGCCAACGAAAUUCUUCCCGACGGCGGAGGCGGUGUGGACGAGCGAGGUGGCGGGGAACGCGUUUAGUUAUUUGCUGUUUUGGACGUUGGCUUAUGGGCUUGUGCAUGUCUAUGAUUGA